CGCAGACUGAGUCUGAUCUGAGCUGAGACACAGUGAAAAAUCACUUCUUGUUUUAUUGAUUGUUUUGGUUGGUUGGUGGUUGAUCAACUUGCUGACUUCUCUAAGUGUGUACGGCCGGAGUGACUUGUUGUAGAGUUUUAAAAUGGAGCCUAAUGUGGACAAGCCAGAAGAUACUGACAUGGAGGCCACGAGUUCAGAGGUCUCAGGUCUCAAAGAAGAACUUGCUGAGACAAAGGAAAAGCUGGCAACAGUUCAGGAGGAACUUGCUGUUUCUGAGGAGUCCAGAAACAAGUUGGAGAAAUACAACGAGGAAUUGCUAGAGAAGGUGGAAACAUUGAGUCAAGAAUUACUUGAAGUCCGCGGAACUCUGAAGAAAUCUGUGAAGGAUGUCAGUUGUCAGAUAGACCCAAUAAUUGAUAUGACAACAUCGGACGUAACCUCGACAGAUAGAGUCGUCCCAUCAGAUUGGGUCAUGGAAGAACAAACAGCUGGUACGUCAUCUCAGUCUGUAGCUGAUAGUGUAAAGGCUGCCGCUGAGGCUGCUGUUAAUAGGAGUGGCUUUGUCUUGGAUACAACGUCCGGCAUGUACUAUGAUUGCAACUCCGGUUACUACUACGAUCAGGUGAACAAACUAUAUUACGAUCCCAACUCUGGAAUUUACUACUACUUCGAUGAAAGGUCUUCCUCGUACCAGUUCCAUUCUCAAGUGGAACUCCCAGCAUCCUAUGGGGCAAGACAGAAGCAUUCUGGGAAGGGUCGGGGUCGAGGUUUCGAGAAGAAGACCGGGAAAAGACGAGUGGAGGAGACAAGAGAGGUAAGGAGGAAAGACAGCGCUUAUGAUGAAGACUGUGAAAUUGUCGAGAUGGAACAGGAUACCAGACAAGGACAGAAACAGAAACGCAGAAGGACUGGCUUGUUGAUCGACCUCGGCAGGAGUCCCGAAGAAAACGAGCGCGUCAAAUCUCGAAGAGAUCGACGCGAGGUUAAACUGAGGAAGAAGCAUCGCUCUCAUAGUCAAGAAGAAGUGCGUGGUGAUGUUGAAGUGGUCAAAAGUCGACACGGUCAUAACAGGAGAAAGCAGUCUAGAGAAAGAAGACGGAAACAGCGACUCGAGGGACAUUCAAGAAAGAAAGCUAAGAAGUCGGAAGGUAAACGGCGGAGGAGUAAGGAGGAUGACCAUAGUUACCAUCGCACGCAGAAUGAGCUCAUGGUGACGGAGGUGCUGUCUGAGGGUGAGAUUGGAGUGGACGAAGGACCCGAUGAAGAGGUUGAAAGUAACAGCCAAGUGAGACCUGAACAAGAAGAUGAGAAACUUCAUUCUAAGAAGGAUCAGAGACCCUUGGAAAAUGAGAAAGUUAAGAAGGCAACUCAGAAAGACGCCCAAACCAGUCCCGAAACAGGAAGGGGUAGCUCCGAAGGAUCAACCGCCAAAGAUGACUCGCAGAGUGGGGAAGAGGUUAAGACGGACGAGGACAAAGGUCAACAGGCCAAAUGUCAGGGGUCAGCAGAACAGGAAGGAGACAACGCCGCCGUUGUUCCCAAUCUUGAAACAGAAGCGGGGGAAGUGGAACCUGCGACAGAAACGAAUCUUGAAAUUGGGAGCAAAGGCGACAAAGCAGAGGACAAUUCCUACGAGGAGAUCGGUGAAGAUGUUAUGAUUAUUGAGGAGGACGGAGAGGAAUUUAUCGUCUUAAGUUCGGACGAAUUGGAAGAAGGAGAGUUGUCGGAGAGCGAGUCGUCUGGGUCAGACUUCAGCGAUACCAGCUCUUACGAAUCUGACAGCGAUAUAUCGGAUGACGAGUUAGAAGAAAUAGAUUUGGAUUCUGAUAAUUCAACUGGAAUAGAAGUUUUGAAGGUGGACUACCCGCCGUGUAUUCGGAUGAUUGUGACCAAGUCGGAUACCAUCAAACCACUGGGAUCGCUCUUCAUUGUUACAUGUUCAGGUGGAACAAUUGGAAGAGAGGGCAGCAGUCACAUUUUGCUAAUUCCGAGUGUGAAGGUGAGCAAGCGUCAUGCUCAGAUUGUGUACGAGUCCGAAGAACGACAGUACACCAUCAAAGAUCUUGGCAGUCAGAAUGGAACGAUAAUCAAUGGCAAGGCAAUAUCAGAGCAACGUGUGGUGAGUGAACCACAUCCGUUAUCUCAUCGUGACUACAUCACCAUUGGAGGUACUACGAUUAGACUCCACAUCCACGCUGGGGACGAAACGUGUGAUGAAUGUGAACCGGGACAGGUGCAAGCAUUGAUUGCAAUCCAGCAACAGAAUGAACCAGGGACUGCAUCAUCGAGCACUAAGCAAGACAAGGAACAACAGCGCAAGAAGGAGCUUCGGCAACUCAAGAAGAAAUUCAACCUAACUAAGGACGACUUUGUGAAUAAGGAUCCGUCCUUGAUGAACUCUGCAUACGCUGAUCGAGCGGGUGACAGACGUCGUACAGUAGGAAGCGAUAACCCGUAUCAACCGCAUGAUGAGCCUGCUUCAGUAGAUAGAGCGAUAAGUUCCACUAAUCUUGGUCAUAAGUUGCUGUCAAAGAUGGGUUGGUCAGAGGGUCAGUCGCUUGGCAAGAACGACCAAGGAAUCAAAGAACCGAUUAAAGCAAUGGUCCACACUAAGAAUGCGGGUCUCGGUGCCGGCAUGGUGCAGAGUCUCGAUCAAGUGCCGUUUAUCAGACGCAGAAAUAACGAGAAAUGGGAUCGAGCACGAAAGCGUUAUAAUCUCGUCAAUCCGCCGGGGGUCUUUCAUAACCAAGGCAGGGCGGCACAGCAAGCGCCGCCGGCCUGGGUACAAGGUGGAGCAGAACAAGUUGAAACGAGUCGGAAGGACCAAGCGGCAAACGCUGGGCAUGGUUUUGCAGUUGUGCAGUUACCGCUAGCUACGCAGAGACAAAUGCAACAGGAUCGCUCAAAUGAGAUUGUUGAGAUUUGGGAUGAUUCGAUGGAGACCUCUCCGGAUCAGGAGAAGGUUGAAGAUGGUUCUGGACAGAAUGAGCUCCUCGAACAAACGAAUGAUAGCAGUUCUGCCGAUAAACAUGAACAGGGUAAAGCAGCUGUUGAUGACUAUGAGAGAUUGCUGCUAGGUACUGUAGGAGAAACCCUCAAUGAUGCUGGUAUGGGUUCCCAAAUGGAAGUGAGAAGUAGCGAGACGUUUGUGAAAAGGAAAGAAGGGAAGGUGGGUAGACAAUUGCGGAAAAGAUCGGACAAUGAUGUCGAGGCUGAGGCUGGUAGCAGUGAGAAGAACUUGACUAGGAAUGAAGCUGCGGACAGUCUAGGCAAUAAGGAUUGUCAGUCAAAAUUAGUUGACGAAUCAAUACAGUUGCCGACUACAUCCACAGAUCAAAAUAUCACGAGUUCUGAGAUUGCCUCUGAGAAUCUAUCAGUAGCCGAAAAAACAACUGAAAAGGAACAAAAUGAAGGAGUGGAAGAUAACAUUGAUAAGUCAGAUAACAUUGAUAAGUCAGAUAACAUUGAUAAGUCAGAUAACGUUGAUAAGUUAGAUAACAUUGAUAAGUCAGAUAACGUUGAUAAGUUAGAUAACAUUGAUAAGUCGGAGUCGUUGGAGUCACGAUCUGGUAAAGAUCAAAGUGAAAAGGAACCGGACAGAGUUGCAUUCAAGAUGACCGCAGAAAGUGCGGGGAGCUUGAACGGCAAAGGAAAGAUCGCAAUGAAAUGGAAUAAAGGCGGUAAAGAGAAACUGACGUCGAAUCUGUUGGCGUUUGAGAAAAGCGAUUCGGAGGAGGAGGGACAGGAGGAAGGAUGCAGCACGAGUGAGACUCGGGAGAAGAGUAAAUCAAAAGGAAAGAAAUCGUCGGGAAAGGAGAGCAGCUCUAGCACGAGGCAGAGAUCAGAAAGGCCUAGUAGAUGGUCAAAGAAUAAGAGCUUAUCGGGCAAAUAGGAAUCUAUUAACUAGGAAUUUAUUUUAUGACUUCCGUUACGAGGUUAGUCCGCCAAGAAUAUCAAGGGUGGAUCGUAAUUUUUUAAUUUUUUUUUUAAUUAUUAAUUAAUUAGGAAUGUAAUGUAUUUUGUCUGAAAUGGAUGCUUUAU